AUUUUUUGUGAUCGAAGAAUAUAUCUGCACGGAAAUAAUUUCUGCUAGUAUUCAAUUUAUUUUAGCCGGUUAAAAAUUGAAUUUAUAGUGAAGAAUAUAUUUCAACAUGGGAAAAAAGAAAACUAAGAAAGUUUCACCUUCAGAAUCUUCAGAAGAAGAUCUGCCACUAACAGAAAUGACACCGACCAUAAAACCGCUUAUUAUGAACGAAACUCCUUACCUGAUUCUGGACGACUAUCAAAAAAAUCUUCCAGCGCCGAAGAGAAAAAUAGCACUGGCAUUCAAUGAUUAUAAAAUGAAGUCAGUCGAAAGUGAGGAUAUGGAUCAAGGAAGUCUUAAGAUCCGAAUGUUUAUAUUUUCCAUAAGGUUUUUGAAAGAGGAUAUCUGUUAUACCGUUGGAGCAAUUAAUUGCGAAAAGUAUGAAGGUAGUACCGAAGAAUUCAGCCAGAUAUUAGCAACCGCCGUAAGAUAUUUCAUAAUCGACUUACACUCUUUGAACCUGACUGUUGUAUUUUCCUUAUCACCACAGACCAAACUUUACCAGGAUGCACUAAAAAUUCUUGUACAAAAAUCAGAUUUUGGCAUAUCAUCAAAACCUAUAGUAUACUCAGUAAAACCAGUGAUGGACAUACUUCAUUUUUACGAUUGGUUUGAUUUAAUAGAAGGUAUGCAAGAAGUGUUCCGUUCCCACAAUGAAUUGUAUUAUUUUGAAUACGAGUAUAAAGAGGGCUUACGAAAACGCCGUGCCCACUGGAGUGAUAUUCUAUCUGCUAUGGCAUCACAAGAAUUUCAUUGCAAUUUUGUUACAUCUCGAGCAAGUAACUGUCCUACGCCAAAUAUAUUUAACUUAACUUUUUUUUAUUAUGUCGUAGAUCGAGGACAACGAUUUGGGACACUUAAGGAGACUUCGAGUAUGAACGACACAAUUCACCUAUUAGAGGCAUUAUGUCCAAUGGUACAGUCAAUAUUUCACCUGACCACAGUCUCCCCCUCGGACUUAGAAGAGCUUUAUGAUAGCCUUGAAGAUAUAAGAAUAAUUUUAUCAAGUAUGGUGUUUAAGAAACCCGAUGAUCUGUGUCCGUCCCUACGGAAAAUUUCAAGUGCAUCAAGCACUCCUACAGACACUCCUACAGCUUCUGAUGAGGAGCUACCGGUUCCUGGUUCUUCGAAAGAAAAAGUCACCGAGGACCAAAGUAAACAUGAAUUUUCUGAUUGCGAGAUGGCGUAUAAAGAGUUUGUUGAACGUAUGGGAUACGAUGGCUCUAGGCUAGCCCCCGGUGAUGGAGGAGAAGCUAUGAAAUCCAAAAGAAGAAGAGGUGUUGAAAUAAUUUUAAACCAUAUGAGGAGUCAAUCUGGUGAUUAUUUCACAAAAUUGAUAAAGGACGACGAUGUUAAGACUAGGAGGAGGGGUAAAGCAAGAAAAACGCACGGUGCUAAAGAAGUUAUUAUAGACCCCCAAAGCCUGAAGCCGGAAGGAAGCCUAACAAUGGAAGUUGAAGAACAAGAAGGAACUGACACAAAAAAAUCGAAGAAAAAAUCAAAGAAAAAAUCGAAACCAAGUACCGUAAGUUUAUUUGAUAAUCCAUCAACCUCUGGAUAUUCCAGUUCAAAACCAUCCACUUCCGCUUUAAGGCCCUCUACUUCUGCAGUUUCCCUUUCGGAAGCAUCAACUUCUGCCGCUUCCGCCUUGGAAUCGCCGACUACUUCUGCAGCGGAAAAAGAAAAGCCACAUCACACAAAACCUCGACAUAAACCAUAUAAGAACAAAAAACGAUUUUUUCAACUUUACGCAGAGCUAGGAAAGAAUAUAGAACGUGAUCGAGCACCGCUUAGAUGGCUCUGUACAAUAAAAGCUUUUGUUAAAUUAGCUGAUAUUUUACGAAAGAAUAAGAUAAGUGACAUACCGGCAAACAGUUUCUGCGUCGAAUAUGUUGACUAUUAUCUCAGAGAAUCUAUGAAAGUGGAUAGAGCAGAGCAAGGCUUGGAACAACACGAACACGAGUGUGAAGUACGAUACAACAUACUUCAAUAUAACCCUCUUUCGGAUAUUCUAGUGAAUGAUGUAGCACAAAUUAUUCGGUCACGCAAAUAUGUAGUAGAUGAUAUUUCGGGUAAAGUUGUGAAGGGUGUAAUAAAGCCCAAAUUAUUUUUCUUUGCUUUUCCAAAACGUGAAGAUGUUACUAUGCAUGAUGUAAAAAAAAAUUCUUAUAGGCACAGAUUAUUUUGGUCUGGUUCGCGACAACAUCAAGUAGAAAAUAUUUCGGAUAGUAUUAUGUAUGACGUAACAAAAAUUCCUCAUAACCCCAGAUUAUUUGGGUCUGGUUCGCCACAACAUCAAGUAGAAGAUAUUUCGGAUAAUGUUAUGCAUGAUGUAACAAAAAGUUCCGAGAUGUCCGAAAUUAUUCAAGAACAUGUAGUAGAAGAGAGUUCGGAUAUUGUCAUGCAUGAAGUAAUACAAAGUCCUGAGACACUCGAGAUUGCGCAAGAAGAGGAUAGUUCGGAUAUUGUUAUGCAUGAUGCAAUACAAAAUCCUCAAGCGCUUCAAAUUCCCGAAGAAGACAUAGAAGAGGAAGAAAAUUUAGAUGCUUAUUUAGAUCAAGAAUUUAGAUAAUGAUUAAUUUUUGAAUCAUGUAUGUUUAAAUUAUUGACUUAUAUUUGUGUUAUUUAUGUGUCAUGCUAUUUUUAUACUUUUUAGUAUAAAAUAAUCAGUAAUAUACACAUUUACAUAAAGUUUGGAACACAUUGACUAAUAUAUAUGUAUAUAUAUAUAUUUUUUUUUAAAUAAGUGUUGGCCGGAGAUAAAUUGGCGAUGUAUUGGAUAAUAGCCGUUACAAUACAACUUACUUAACUUUGUUUAGUUAUCUCCAUUUCUUAUAUUUCUCUGAUUACUAAAAUAGGCGGGUCUGAAACACGCAAGAAAUAAAAGAGAAAGAUAUAGAACAAUUUGUUUCAUGAAUAACUUAGUUUAAGGUGUUAACUAGCACAUAUUUAUGGCGUCAUUUUUGUGAAAUUUUGUAAUAUGUAUAAGUGUGCCAUAUUAUUUAUAUUAUAUAGUAUAAAAUAAUAAAUAAUAUCACAACCUA